AAGGAAUGUUGGCCAGGAUGAGAGAGAAAGCUGGAAAGAGGGAGCAGCAUUGCAAGAGCACAGCACUCUCAGAAACCAUCGCUGAAAGUCAACCUUAACUACAUCACACUGGUGUCAGGCCACCUCCAUGUGCCAGGAAGUGUCUGUCAGUGCUGGGUGAGAACAUUUAAACUUUGCUUCCAAUGGAAGAUCUUUGCCCAUUUGUAGCUGCUGGUCUGUGAGUCUUCAAGAAGAGGAGAAGAGAAGAACAAGGUGCAAGGGGCAGAACAUAUCACAGUGACCAUAUAAAAACAUUAAUGGACAAAGAAGGAGAAGAGGAUGUCACCACUCAGCCAGAUGUUAAAAUCAUGAUCAGUCAACUCCCAUUGGCUAUUUGAUGUUAACAGCAAGUAAUCCAGAUGGGGUGCAGGUGCUGUAAAAUGAUACAAAGCUAUAUCUUUGAUCCAGAAGAUGUACAAUCCUCGAGAUACCCCAAUGAAGUAAACAGUUACAAACCAGACAAGCAAGACAGCAAUAAAUUCAAAGGCGAUCAGAACAGUGAAACUCCAGUGCAUAGAAAUGAACUGCAAAAUGAUGAAUUAAAGAGAACAGAAAAUAAAAACAAGUUCAAUAGCACAAAAGAGGCCUUCUCGAACCACAGAGGAACUGCUCUUGAUGAGGAAGGCCUAGGAAACUGUGUUGAAAAGUUUGACAAUGCUCACAGUGGUGCCAAUUCCUGUCGUGGUAUGAAUCCCCUUCCUAAUCACAACACAAACCGAACCAAAGAAACAAUCACACAUGGAAAUUCCAGCCAGUCAGCAAGGUCUCCUUUAGCCAACAGGACAAGAAACCCCUGCACCAAUGGACUCUCUUUACCAAAUGAAUCUGGCAAAGAAUGUCACCCAGAAACAGGCGAUCACAAGAAGCCGGAGUCAGAAGAGCCAGAAUGUUCUCUAGAUGAGAACUCGCCGUCUGCAGGAGAAAACAGCUCUCUCACAGAAAGUGCAAUACUGGAGACACAAAACGAUGCCACCCAAUUACCAGACCUGGAUUACCUCCCACAUGGUAGCCAAACUAGAAACUAUCAUGCUCCUGAAAAGGAUAGUUUUUCAGACAAUUACACACAUUCAGACCAAAAUGCAGAGUGUAUAGUGAUAAAUAAGGGUGAGGGCCCUGGCCUAAGCCUGCCUUUGCACAUGAAGGAAAAUUAUGAUUCAGUGGAGGAAGCUCUUAAAACUGAGUCUGUAAAUGUGUGUGUCAAAGAGGACAUGCCUGAUGGUAUUGCAUCUGAGGGCCUCAUAACAGAAGCACAAGAGGAAAAGCACAUUAACCAUAAAGAAAUUAAUGGAAAAAUUGAGGAGGAGGAGGAGGAGGACGCAGAGGUGGCAGAAGCUCUUGCAGCGCUGGAAGCUGCAACCGCAGGAGAAGAUUAUGAAGAGGAUGAGGAGUAUUAGAUGGAGAGUUCUUUCUUUCUAACACAUUCACAGUAAACUUAGCUCUGGAGCUGUGUGAAACACUAAGGAAUGCAUGUGUUGUACAGAACAGACAAUUAUUGUAUAAAGCACAAAAACAGAAGGAGCUGGGACUAGAACGUUGAUCAUUUUAGCUGCUAAAACACAGUCCUUUACCACCUGAACUGAGGAACUCCCUUGGCUUCUGGUAGUAAUAAGGCCCAUAUCUUUCCCAUAGGCCACGAACAAGGGCAUAGCAUCACUCACACAAAGCCAGCAUGUUACAAUAUAGUUCACGUGAAGGUUUUCUUCAGUUGACUCGAGGGCUUGCACACACCUCAAGUUUCAGGUUCAAAUGAAUCUUGAAGCACAACUAUAAAAACCAGAGUUUCUCCAUUUCUGGUAGAUGCCAUACAAAACCACAGAACUGAAUUAUUUCAGUGUAAAAAAAAUAUACAACUUACCCUAGGUUCAAAAAACCUUUCAGCAAACUUGACCUGGGAUUCUAGUUUGUUGCAAAGCAUGAAACCAGACAAGUUUCACAUCAUUUGGGUUUCACUGUGACUGCAUCUCACAGCUCUGCUAAUUUCUUAGUCACAAUCUCUUGACUCACCAAUUGUUUACAAAUGGAUUUUGCCUCAGAGCCUCCCAGAAGCAGCAAAAUCCACUUGUAAAAAAAUAAAAAUAAAAAAAACAGUGAGGGCUAAAUUCAUCCUGCUGUAACUGGACGGCAGUCCCUAAACUUACAGCAGGGAGACAGAUGGCCCCAAAUCAAGACCCUACACUUUAGAACUUUUGAAUCUCUACUUUCAGAAAUGUUUCCCCUUUCUGGAUAAUUUCAUAUUUUUAAUUUUCGGUUAGUAUGUUAAACUUCCUCUUGUACGAUUUCUGGUUGGAAGCCUAGGAGAUAUGGAAAAUAAACACUUCAUGUUUAAAGUCGCCAAAUGUUGGACACUGGCGAAUGGCUGAGAUAGAAAAUGUGCUCCAAGUUUUAUACCGAGAAUUGGU